AGAAGGGAUUGAAUGAUGUUCAAUCAUUCGAUACACCUACUAGCUACUGGUAGCGGCAUCGGUACCUGGUAUCGCCACGGCGGGGACUAAUGCAAUAAGGGUCGAGGUGACGACACGAGUAUGCCACCUUGUCAGAUGCGUCUAUCUGAGUGGGCGACCGGUAUUAAUAGGUGAGAGAUGCAGCCAUGCAGCUGUGGACCGCUCUGAUUUCAGUUGUUUCUAUCGGCUACCAUUUCCGAUCGCACCUUUACAGUGCACAGCGAACCAAGCGCACUAACAGCUGUAGCACUCAGCGGUACUAGCUAGCUAGAGUACCUAAACUCAUCUACUAGUACGACUGUACGUCCACUCUUAUCAAUGCUGCUCUUCCUUGACCACUCUACUAGCUAGCUACCAUAGCUAUCGGAUAGCACUCUGGCUACCAGUACGAGUACCAUGCAGCUGCUGGUACCGGCACCAUCAUCGAUCGUCGCUGUUGGAGGAGAGGGGGAGAAGAUGGAGUAACCCUCACCCCAUCGAGUUUCUUCGAAGCCAAAAAUGAUAACGUUCUCCGGGGAGUGACGUAUUCACGGUUGUACACCGCCAUCCCUUCAACUUGAGGCUCAUUUGGUACGGAACGGGCGUCUGUCCUUCAUCCCAAUUAACCUUGAACCUUCGCCUCUCGAUGCAACCGAGGAUCCACCCACCAACUUGUACUUGGAUUACAUCGAUCCGCAACACGAACAUCAUCCUUUCUCCCACACAAAGGAGGACGCCAACGUACCCGUUAGUUGCAUCACAAGAUAGAUUCAAUCUUGAGGUUGCAACCAUCAUCAGUCAACUGACCACAAGAAAGAAGUGAGAGAGAUCAGAUCCAUCAGCCGUCCUCACUACUUUGCAGUCAAUAGUUAACAAAGCCCACGUUUUGCCAAGAUACAGCAUACAGUACAGUAAUAGCAAUGAAGCAACAGGAAUCGAUCGCGUCGGUCAACAUGACGGCUGUUUUGGAUGAUGUGAAGGCUUCCGAUGAAACCGACACCACCAAAACAGGCAGCACUCCUCCUUCCUCGAGUGACACUGCGUCUUCUUCUUCGACUCUCAACGAUGAACCCGAGAGUCCUCUUUAUGACGAUGCUAUCCUGACACAUCUCGCUAGGCAGCUAGAGUAUUACUUUUCCAUAGCCAACCUUGAGAAGGAUACGUACGUGGAGACGUUACGGCAACUGAACGAUGGCUACGUCCCCGUCACCAUUCUCCAACGAUUCUCCAAGGUUCAGGCCUUUACUCCCAUUGAAACUGUUGACGCCAUUAUCAAGGCAGCAACUGAGUUCAGUUCUUUAUUGGAAGUUGCCUCCAUCGACACCAAAACGGGUAAGAGGGUGUCAGAGGAACAGGCUGGAUCCUCUUCCAACACUAUCCUGGCCGUUGGAUCCACCACGGGCAAGCCAUUGGACCUUACUGGUCUUCCAGGUGUGGUCCCAUCCACGCCCAAGUCUCCCGUCCAGAACACCAUUAUCAUCCGAGAGGUUGACAACCACGUGACGGAAGAGGACGUAAGGGCGCUCUUUGAUGAUGAGCACUGCCCUGCCAUUCAGAGUCUGUACCUGGAUGUCUUCAACUGCUGGUUCGUCACACUGGACACUGACUCCAGAGAUGAUAUGCUCUAUGUCAUGAUGAGCCUAAGAUGUCAGUACCUGGGAGAUGAACCAGUCAAGGCACGGCUAAAGUCCUUGGUUCGUCAGGUGGAUCCCACCCAUGCACCAGGCCUUCCCCUCUUGACACCUACGUCCUCGUACAAUCAUCUGACAAGCUUGGCGCACCAGGAGUCAGGUGGAAGCAAGACAAACAAGAGGAGAGCAAAGAAGCGAAACAAGAACAACUCCAACAACAACAGAGGGAACGCCAACAACAACUCCAACACUCCCCAGGGAAAGAAGGCGGUCCAGCAGAAAGGAAGCCGAGACUCAACGGGUAACAACAAGAAGGCUGAGGUCCAACAACAACCCAAGCCAGAUUUGUCGGCAGCCUCCUUCCCUGCCUUGGGAGAUGCCACUGCAUCAAAAGUGGAAGUGGUUGGUGUGGACAAGGACAACAUGGAGUCUGCACCCAAGGUGGCGGGAUCGGAUUCGGCCUCAACCGCUACAACCAUGUCCUCAUCUUCCUCUUCCGUGGCGAAAGGCAAGCAGCAGCUUGGAGGAUAUGCUGCGGCAUUGUUGAAGUCCAAGCCUCACAAGGCGGACAAGGAAGGAAGCGGUGAAGCAUGGAAAGAGUCGGAGACAACAGCAGAAGAUGCCGCCAUGACCACAACCACCAAGAAGGAAACUAUGUCCGCCGUUGCGGCACCACAGACACAAGUGGUGGUUAAACCACCAGUAUGGGGUGGAGGUCGCUCCUUUGCAGAUGUCCUUGCCAUGUAGGAGCGGCAAAACAUUGCACCUGUUGUCUACUUGCAAACAUUACAUACAUAGAAGUUCGGAUUGAUGAUGGAAUAUGAAACCAAGGGAAGGUCCUAUGGUUCUGAAGUCGAAACCAGUAUUUGGUUUCCUAGAUUGGUGCUGCUGGAGCUCAUGGCUCUAACGAUGCAGAGGAUGUUGAAAUGAUUGGCUAUAUAUCUACGAAAUAUCUACCUCCAAUGGCAGUUUCGCUUGGUUGGACUGCUUUGCUUGGCACCUCUUGGCUGUGUUUAAUAUUAAAGAAAUUGCUACGUUCGAUGACUCGAGGCUGGUUUGAUUGGAUACAAACCUCUCCUGUAAAAUCGAAGAUUAUUACACUUAGUUGAAAUCUCACUCACUAAAAAGAAAGUUACAUAAUUGUUGGAUGGUUGC